AUGCUGAAGAAACUCCCAAGUCCUCAGAAAAGGGAAUGCAAGGGCCCCGAUUGUGACCGUAGCGUUCCCGGGCUUUCCAAAACCAUUAAAGACAGGACAGACCACCCAGGAGAGAAGUCCUACGAUUGCUCUGAUUGUGGGAAAGCCUUCAGGAAGUCGUAUCAUCUGUAUCGGCAUCAGAACGGCAUUGCAUGCCAUAAACCGAGGCCCAUUUGCGAUGCCCUUUUUGCAGAGGAGAGAAUUGCCUGUAGAGGGGAGGAAGAAUCCAGAAGUGCGACUCUUCUGCAGGAAAACAUCAAAUUGGAAGACGAGGACGGAGCCUAUCCAGCUUGCAACGAUCAACCUUCUCUGAGGGGCUAUCUGAAGACAGAACAAAGAGAGGACAACGCUGCUGGGAACGAGGCCUCCGAACAUCCGGACACCAAAAUGCAUUCCUGCACAAAAUGCGGAUACCAAACGGAGAAAUUGUCAGACAUUCUUAAACAUUUCAGAAGCCACAACAAGGAAAAACCUUACAAAUGCCAGGACUGUGGGAAGUGCUUCAGGUGGUUCUCAACCCUCAUAAAACAUCAGCAGACCCACGUAGCCAGUCCGCAGCCGCCCGUUAUUGCCGAAUGCGAUGUGACCCUUAGCGAUGAUGAGGAGCUGAUUAACAUCUUAGCGAAGAAGACUCCCCGUCAAGAAGCAGGCGUGCAGAACUCUCUAGAGAGGCCAUCCAAACGCUCCCCGGGUGCCGUUUGUCCGGUCUCCAAGUCUUCCAGGGUGGAGGCCUCGCCUGCAAUUCGCUCCAGGGAGCAGAACGGAAAAGGCAAAGCCGCUCGUCGCCAAAAGAAGACGACGAAAACCCGAUACGAAGGUCUCGAGAAGAAACACGAGUGCCUCGAUUGUGGGCAUCGCAACUAUUUCCUGUCCGAUCUCGUGCGGCACAAGAGGGCUCACCCGAACGAUACGCCCUACAGGUGCCCCGAGUGUCAGAAGCUCUUCGUCCAGCCCUCCUUCCUCAAACUUCAUCUGAAAACGCACAAGAUGGAGGGGAAGUCCGUGAACACGAAAAAAGCCCCCCAGGGAGAGAGGAAGUAUACCUGCUCAAAAUGCGGACACAAAACGUACAAGUUGUCCACUCACCUCUUGCACAUGAAAGCCCACAUGAGCGAAAAGGAGAGAGCUUACGUAUGCGACGAGUGCGGCAAAAGUUUCAAGUGGAGCUCCAAUCUUUCCCGGCACAAGCGGAUCCACGAGCUCAACGAAGGCUUUAAGAUCAGGAGACCCUCCUUCACCGGGCAUUACGAGAUAAACAGAGAGGAUGAGACCCCGAAGAAAACCAGUCGAGUCCGGCUGAAGAAAAGAAGAGGCCGAUUUCAGGCAUCAACCGCCUCAGAAAUGGAGGCGUUGCGCGAGCAUUGGCGCAGUUACAAGCGUCAGCAAAGGAAAAAGGCAGCCGAGAAACCCCAGAAAACGGAAGAGAAGGAAGAGAAAGAAAGAAGGAAGGAAGAGAAAGAAAACGUCGCCGAGAAGGAAGUGAAGGAAGAGGAAGAAAGUAGAAUCGAAGAGAAAGAAAACGUCGCCGAGAAGGAAGUGAAAGAGAAAAAUGUUCCAGAAUUAUCACUCCGGGCCCGGCUGGAAAAAUUUGCUUAUUCUAAAAAUAGAGGAAAAGAGCCUAGCCAGGAAGUAGCAGCGUCGGCUCCGAAAGUCUCAGCAGAGGAGCGGCCGCAUCAUGAAUGUACUGUGUGUGGGAAGAACUUCACCUACGACGGUCACCUUGCCGAUCACCAGAACCUGCACACCGAAGCGAAACCUCACAGAUGCCAGGAAUGCCAGAAAUGA